AUGUCUGUUGCAUUGAAAAGAUUGACGGCUGAAUAUAAACAAUUUUCUUGUAACCCUCCAGAGGGAAUUAUGGCUGGGCCAAUAGAUGAUUCCAAUUUCUUUGAGUGGGAAGCCCUUAUAGUUGGACCGUCCGACACACCUUAUGAAGGCGGACUUUUCUCUGCUCGUCUUUCUUACCCUCCCGAUUAUCCGCAUUCACCACCUAAAAUGCGUUUUGUGACUAAAAUUUAUCAUCCCAACAUCUAUCCUAACGGUAAUGUAUGUAUUUCCAUCCUUCAUCCUCCUGGAAAUGAUCCUCAUAUGUAUGAAGAUGCCUCCUUAAGGUGGAGUCCAGUACAAUCUACUGAGAAAGUUCUUCUUUCCGUAGUUAGCUUGCUUUCAGAACCAAAUUGUGAAAGUGCUGCUAAUGUGGAAGCUGCGAAAAUGUUUAGGGAAAAUAGAAAACAGUAUGAUGAAAUUGUUCGGAAUUGUGUGAAAGAAUCCCUCGCUGCCAAGAAGGACGACAAAUAA